CUAGGUGCAGGGGGGGUGGCGGGGGGGGGGGAGUUGGGUGGGUCGCUAACAGUCCUCAGGCCUCUCUGUCCAUUACAAACCCUUGCCCUUCUGUGGAAACAGAGGGAUAAAGAGGUGAAAUGAGAAGAUCCGCCCCCCCCCCCCCCGCGGGAGUGGGGUGCUCAUCGCUGCCCUGGAGGAGCCCGGAGAGAAGAGUGAGCCUAUGGAGGGUAACAAAAGGGAGCUAUGGCUUUGUAUGUUUUUCCUUUCAUUCCACAAGUUUGAAGUCCCUGUUAGGUGAAUAUGGUCAAUAUGGGUAUGGGGGAAUAAACCAACACAAUCUCUGGCCACUUGGAUCUUAUAGUCUAGUGAAUGAGACAGCCACUAAAAUCAUAAACACCCAAAUAAAUAUGUAAUUACAAGUUGCAGUGGAUGCUGUGAAGGAAAAGUAAAGUGAGGAGAACACAAGCUGGUGGAGGGCCUUACUUUGGCUAGGCAGGGGAGGUCUCUGAGGCGUGUGCUGGCAGCCUGGCCAGAAGGAUGAGUAAGGGAUGUGGGGAGAGCGUUCAGGGGCAGGCCUUUGGUGAACUAGAGGACCUGAGGGCAGGCCAGUGGGACUCCGCAGAGGGCGGGUGGUGGGCAGUGGUGGUGCUGGCCGCGCUCCCCUCCCUGGGGGCAGGUGGGGAGACCCCCGAAGCCCCUCCAGAGUCAUGGACGCAGCUAUGGUUCUUCCGUUUUUUGGUGAAUGCUGCUGGCUAUGCCAGCUUUAUGGUACCCGGCUACCUGAUGGUGCAGUACUUCAGGCGGAAGAACUACCUGGAGACAGGCAGGGGUCUCUGCUUCCCCCUGGUGAAAACUUGUGUGUUUGGCAAUGAGCCCAAGGCCUCUGACGAGGUUCCUCUGGCUUCCCGGACGGAGCCGGUAGAGACCACUCCCACUUGGCAAGCCCUGAAGCUGCUCUUCUGUGCUGCGGGGCUCCAGGUGUCUUAUCUGACUUGGGGAGUGCUGCAGGAAAGGGUGAUGACCCGCAGCUACGGGGCUACUGCCACGUCGCCAGGUGAGCGCUUCACAGACUCACAGUUCCUGGUGCUCAUGAACCGAGUGCUGGCACUGAUCGUCGCCGGCCUCUCCUGCGUCCUCUGCAAGCAACCCCGCCACGGGGCCCCCAUGUACCGGUACUCCUUUGCCAGCCUGUCAAAUGUGCUUAGCAGCUGGUGUCAAUAUGAAGCGCUCAAGUUCGUCAGCUUCCCCACCCAGGUGCUGGCCAAGGCCUCGAAGGUGAUCCCGGUCAUGCUGAUGGGCAAGUUGGUGUCUCGGCGCAGCUACGAACACUGGGAAUACCUGACCGCCGGCCUCAUCUCCAUUGGCGUCAGCAUGUUUCUGCUGUCCAGCGGCCCCGAGCCCCGCAGCUCCCCCGCCACCACGCUGGCAGGCCUCAUCCUGCUGGCAGGCUACAUUGCCUUUGACAGCUUCACCUCCAACUGGCAGGACGCCCUGUUUGCCUACAAGAUGUCUUCUGUGCAGAUGAUGUUUGGGGUCAACCUCUUCUCCUGCCUCUUCACGGUGGGCUCCCUGCUAGAGCAGGGGGCCCUCCUGGAGGGAACGCGCUUCAUGGGGCGACACAGUGAAUUUGCUGCCCAUGCCCUGCUGCUCUCGGUCUGCUCCGCAUGCGGUCAGCUCUUCAUCUUCUACACCAUCGGGCAGUUUGGGGCUGCCAUCUUCACCAUCAUCAUGACCCUCCGCCAGGCCUUCGCCAUCCUCCUCUCCUGCCUGCUCUACGGCCACACGGUCACUGUGGUGGGGGGCCUGGGGGUGGCUGUGGUCUUUGCCGCCCUCUUGCUCAGAGUCUAUGCCCGGGGCCGUCUAAAGCAACGGGUUAAGAAGGCCGUGCCUGUCGAGUCUCCUGUGCAGAAAGUUUGAGGGGCCCAGGGGGUGAAGUGGAACAAGACCCUAACCAUACCAACUUUCCUCUCCUGCUGUAACUUCGGAGGCGGUUGGCUCAAGGGCAGAAGGCAGGGUUUUUCCUCAGUAUCUCCAACCAGCUCUACAAGUUGGGGUUGAGUCCAAGAGGCAGCCUUCCCCUUUGCCUUAAGUCCCCUGUUCUCCAGUAGGGAUUCUUCUGAGGACCGUCCUCGGCGUGCAGGGGCGCAGAGAGGGCAGAAGCCUUCCGAAGCCCCCACCCCCUCACGUUCCCCGAAGUCUUGCCCUGUGGACUCCAACACCUCACCUGUGCUCGUCCCCUACCCUGAGUAGCCCACCCCUGCAGACUCCCUCCCAGAGACCUACAGUUCUUAACUUUGGGGAGAAAAGCACAAGUGUUGUAGGCUCCAAGUGCUGCUUUCCCAGGAGUCCGUGAAAGAUGGUGCUGUGCUGGAGGAGGGGGAUGGGAGAGCCCUGCCCAGUGACACCACCCUCUCUGCUCCUGGAUCCCUGGGCUCUGCUCCAAGAGCCAGUUGCAGGUUUUGGUACUUUGGAAAUGUAAUUUUGCUCUUAUAAUUUUAUUUUAUUAAAUUAAAUUGCUGCAAUGGGCUGAA